AUGAUGUUGGAUAAUGAAGGCAAUGUUAGAUCUAGACAAAUCAAUAAUCUGCGUAUACGGGAGUUGUUGGGGAUGUUGAUUAUUGAACAUGAUUUGCCAUAUUCCUUUGUUGAAUUUCCUCUUUUUAGGCAAGUUCUUAAGGAAUGUAAUCCCGAUGUUAAGAUUAUAAGUAGAAAAACUGCUGUGUCAGAUAUUAGGAGGUUUUAUGAGCUACAAAAAGACAAGUUGAAGGUGAUUUUGUCAAAGAGUCCUAGUAGAAUAUGUUUGACCUCAGAUUGUUGGACUGCUGUAACAUCUGAAGGUUAUAUAUGCUUGACAGCACAUUUUGUGGAUGAAAAUUGGAAGCUUAACAGUAAAAUACUUUCUUUUUGUAAAAUGGAGCCUCCACAUUCUGGACAUGAAUUAGCUAGCAAAGUUUUUGAGAGCUUAUGUGAUUGGGAGAUUGAAAAGAAGAUUUUUACUGUUACUUUAGACAAUGCAUCUGCAAAUGAUUGUAUGGCUGAGAUCUUGAAAGAGAGGUUGAUUUUGCAAAAUAACUUGAUUUGUGAUGGGGAAUUCUUUUAUGUGAGGUGUUGUGCACAUAUCUUGAACUUGAUAGUUCAAGAAGGUUUAAAGGUGACAAAUGUUGCAAUAAAUAAAAUUCGAGACAGCAUUAAGUAUGUUAAGGUGUCUGAGUCCAGGAUGAAGAUUUUUGGGCAAUGUGUUGAGCAAGUUGGUAGUAUUGACACGUCGAUAGGAUUGCGAUUAGAUGUGCCUACUAGAUGGAAUUCCACUUAUGAUAUGCUUGAAAGUGGAAUUAGAUAUAAAAGAGCCUUUGUUUGUUUGUCUUGUCGUGAUACUAGUUUUAAGCAUUCCUUAUCAAAUGAAGAGUGGAGGAGAGCAGAGGAAAUGUGUUCUUUCUUGCAACCAUGUGCAAUGAUUACAACUUUGAUUUCUGGCACAUCUUAUCCAACCUCAAACAUGUAUUUUGGACAAAUAGCAAAAAUUGAGAUUUUGUUGAAUGAUGCCAUUAGCAAUCGUGAUCCUGUGAUUUCUAAUAUGGCAACUAAAAUGAAAGAGAAAUUUGACAAGUAUUGGAGUGACUAUAGUGUGAUCUUAUCAAUUGGAAGCGUUUUUGAUCCACGAGCAAAGCUUGAAGCAAUCAAGUUUUCUUACUCAUUGAUUGAUCCUGUGAAUUACUACAUGAAAGUUGAUCACAUCAAGCAAAAGUUGUAUUAUAUAUUUGAUCAAUACAAAGAUAUGGGUGGAUCUUCCAAUAAUCGUACAUCAAGUUCAACUCCAACACCAAGUCAACCAAGCUCAAGCACAAGUGGAAGGAUGGUAGAGAAGAAGAAGGAGUCGGCCAUGUCUUGGACUCAGCUUUAUGGUGAUUUUCUUAACUUCAAGAGUAGGGAUGUUUCUUCCGUUGGUAAAUCUGAAUUAGACUAUUAUUUGGAAGAAGCUUCCCUUGAUGGUCACCAGUUUCCAGAGUUGGAUGUGUUACAAUGGUGGAAGACCAAUCAGCAAUGA